GGUGCUGAGCUUGGGUGGAAGACUGGUGGGGCAGACCCGGGGCUGCGGUUGCUAGGCAACGGCAGCUUUCGCAGAUCGGUAAACAACCCAUCCCCAUCUCGGCCCAUCCUGGGACCUUGAACCUGGAACCUCCCAUUGCAACUUCGAGCCAGCGCAACGGCGUCCCUAUUCCUACCAUCCCUCUUCCACCAAAGUAGCGUGUGCAUCCCCAACUCCCUCCCCAUCCUCGAACGGCUCCUCGAUCAACUUCACAAUGGCGACGAGGACGUUGGAAUCCCACUUCGCGCGGCUGUCGGUCACCGACGAGAACGAUCCCGGCGAGACUGGCCGGGUCUUCCAGAAGACAAAAACCAUCGGCUCCUCCACAAGUCAACUGGCCCACAGCUCAAGCAGACCAAACCUGUACAAGGUCGCCCUGCAAGCGCAAAAUGCUAACACCGUUACCGCCACCGUCACCCUCCCUUCGCAAGCCGCUCAAUGGAAGAGCUCCACAAUACCAAGCAAUCCAGCCUCACCUAAGAAGGAGAAGGAAAAGCCAGCAUCGCACUCGCUUUCGUCGCGCAGCUCCGAGGAGCUCGCCGCCCAGGCAGAGCGCAGCUCGCCCUCGUACGUCGACCAGCCGCUCGUGCCCAAGCAGUUCCACCUCGGCAUGUUCGAGAUCGGGCGGCCGCUCGGCAAGGGCAAGUUCGGGCGGGUGUACCUGGCGCGGGAGCGCACCAGCAACUUCAUCUGCGCGCUGAAGGUGCUCUACAAGUCCGAACUGCAGCAAGGGACGGGCGUAGAGAAGCAGGUGCGGCGCGAGAUCGAGAUCCAGAGCAACCUGCGGCACCCCAACAUCCUCAAGCUGUACGGGCACUUCCACGACAGCAAGCGCAUCUUCCUCAUCCUCGAGUUCGCCGGCAAGGGCGAGCUGUACAAGCACCUGCGGCGCGAGAACCGGUUCCCCGAGUGGAAGGCGGCGCAGUACAUCGCCCAGAUGGCGUCCGCGCUGCACUACCUGCACCGCAAGCACGUCAUCCACCGCGACAUCAAGCCCGAGAACAUCCUCGUCGGCAUCCACGGCGAGAUCAAGAUCUCCGACUUUGGCUGGAGCGUGCACGCGCCCAACAACCGGCGCAAGACGCUGUGCGGCACGCUCGACUACCUGCCGCCCGAGAUGAUCAAGUCCGGCAGCCGCGACAACUGGUACAACGAGAAGGUCGACCUGUGGAGCCUGGGCGUGCUGACGUACGAGUUCCUCGUCGGCGAGGCCCCGUUCGAGGACACGCCCAUCAUGACGCAGAAGCGCAUCGCCAGGGCCGACAUGACCAUCCCGGAGUGGGUGAGCAAGGAGGCCAAGGAUCUGAUCAAGAAGCUUCUUGUUCUCGACCCUGAGAAGCGGCUUCCCCUGGAGGAGGUCCAGAGUCACCCGUGGAUCAUCAAGCACUGCGUGAAGGGCGAGCGCGCCGCGAGCAGAGAGAAGCCGCUCAAAUAGCCGUCCGGGCGAAACGAUUGGCGGUGAGAUAUUUUUUUGCUUUUGGGACGUUGUAGGAUGUGAGCGAGGGGCGUUCAGGAGUCGGCGCGAGGGGUUUGCCACCAAAGGCCACACAUUGAGGAUUCAAUUGCAUAUGACGGAGCCAGUCAUCCGUGUUGGAAUUUAUGUCACAUUGCCCAAUCGCUCGCCCGCGGGCCGUUGCAUCGGCUGUUGUCUUCCAUUGCCGACGCCCAUUAUAGUGGUACAAGAUCUGUCUAUAUCAGUACAGCGGAGAGGUAGCGCCACGGCAACAGAGAACACGCUCAGCGGUAUACUUCGUCAAAUGGCCGUGUAUCUGCGAAGCACGAGUCCCACACCUCGUUUACCACCUUGGCCGCAUGGACGUCGUCCCUACACGCCGGGCGCGCCAUAACGGACUGGAUCGCGCGCAUGCGCACGCAGUUCUGGAACUGCUGCGUCAGCGUCCAGUUUCCCCGCGUUAUCGCCUCUCUCGUCCACCGGCACUCUCCGCUGAGCAUCGACGCGCGGAUCUG